GCCGUGCCCGCCGACCCGAGAGCUACCGAUGCUAGGCUAACUGUCGUUAGCUCCCGGGAGCGGACAUGUUGUACCGACCCUUCCUUGAAUAAACAUCGCUGUAAGCGGGGAACCGGGAGUUAAAGGGAAGGCUCGAAGCGCUGGGCAAUCAUGGAUGCCGUCAACGCCUUUAACCACGAGUUAUUCUCGCUGAUGGACUCCAAGCCUCCAAUAUCUCGGGCAAAGAUGAUAUCGAUCACCAAAUCGGCCAUCAAAGCUAUGAAACUCUACAAACAUGUGGUCCAGAUUGUGGAAAAGUUUAUCAAAAAGUGUAAGCCUGAGUACAAGGUAGCAGGCCUAUAUGUGGUGGAUUCCAUUGUUAGGCAGUCCAGACACCAGUUUGGAGCAGACAAGGAUGUGUUUGGCCCAAGGUUCACCAAAAACAUUACAGGAACUUUUGAGAACCUCUGCCUUUGCCCAGUAGAGGACAGGAGUAAGAUCGUGCGGGUGUUGAACCUGUGGCAGAAGAAUGGGGUGUUCAAGAUAGAGGUUAUUCAGCCCCUCCUGGAUAUGGCAGCUGGCUCUAGCAGUGCGGCUGCACCGUACACAGGCACAGAUGAGCCAGGUUCUUCCCCACCUCCAGCCAAAGAGCCUGUUACUGCGGUAACGGCAAACUCCACCACGACACCUGCUGCUCAGCUGCAAAACUCUGAUGCCUUUGCAGCUGUGGCACAGCUCUUCCAGUCCUCACAGGGUCAGCAGCUUCAACAGAUGCUCCAGAACUUUCAGCAGCAGCCAGUGAAGCCCGACACCAACACUCAGCCUCCUGUCCAUAACGUGCAAACACAAGCCCAAAAUGUCACCACUGGCCUGGGCAUGGUCGCCCCACAACCUCCCUUGCCUACCCAAUCCACACAGCAGAAGACAGCCUUUGACAAGGUGGCUAAAUUGCUGGACCGUUUCGACUAUGAUGACGAACCAGAAGUUGGAGAAGAAACGAAGAAGGAUGAAAUCUCAUCACAGCCCUCCUUUAUGCAGCAGCCUCCAGCCUUCCUACAGCACAUGGAGCACUUUAAACCGCAGAUGAUUAACAUGUCGCAAGACCUCUCACAACAGGUUCCCCUCCCUCCUAAUGGCCAGCUCCAGGCCUAUGGUUUACCACCAGGACAAAGCUUCCCAGUUAUGAUGCCUCCUGUGGGCCAUGCUUUACCAGGGCAGCCUCUCCCUGGUUCUACUGGGCCUCCGGGCUUCCCGGGGGUAUACCCUCCCCACAAUGCCACCCAGCAACAACAGGAUUUGUCAAUGGACAUGGAGCGUUCAUCUAUGAGGGAUGGCAGACAUGGUCGGCGGUCAAACUCAGGCUCCAGGUCUCCGAAGCGGAGGAGGUCGCGGUCUAAUUCCCGUACACGACGUUCCAGGCACAGGCGAUCCCGCUCGCGCUCUAGAGACCGCCGUCAUCAUUCCCCACACUCUCGCUCGCAGGAGCGCAGGGAGAGAGAGAAAGAACGAGAGCGACGGCAGAAAGGUCUUCCUCCACCCAAGAGCGAGACACUAAGCAUUUGCAGUACAACUCUCUGGGUGGGCCAGUUGGACAAGAGAACACAACAGCAAGACGUCGCCUGUUUACUGGAGGAGUUUGGCCAGAUAGAGUCCAUCAAUAUGAUCCCUCCACGUGGCUGUGCCUACAUUGUAAUGAUACAUAGGCAAGAUGCCUUCAGAGCGCUACAGAAGCUUAGUAGAGGAACUCACAAAGUUAACCAAAAAGCCAUUAAGAUUGCUUGGGCUUUAAACAAGGGCAUAAAGGCUGAGUUCAAACAGUACUGGGAUGUGGAGCUUGGUGUCACCUACAUACCUUGGUCUAAAAUCAGAGAGGUUCAGUUGGAGGAGCUAAAAGAAGGAGGAAUACUGGAUGUAGACACCUUAUCACCUGAGUGGAGUGGAGUGAGAAACACUCUUGACCUCUCGGAAGAGCUCACGCACAACGGCCGUUCGGAGCCACAGCAGCUUGGGGAGACACAAGUAUUACCUGUGGCUGCUGCAGCUGCUCCUCUUGCACAGGUUCCUCCAGUGCAGCAGCCAAUGGUUGGUGUGGGUUCUCUCCAGCCUCCUGUCUUUCCUGGUCCCAUAGGCAUGCCUCCGCCUUCCUUCCCCCAGGCGUCCCCCCCUCCUCCUUUCAUCAGACCUGGCUUCAAUCCCAUGCAGAUGCCUCCAGGUUUUCCUCCUCCAGGUGCAAUGCCUCUCGGCCCCCCACCUCCUUCCAAAGGUGGAGUUGAAGACCCACCUCUGGACCCAGCAGGUCUGGGCAACAGGAAAAAUGAUGAGAUCCUGGAGGGACCCAACAUCUUCAACAACCAGAUGGGACCUAUAGGUAACCAGGUAGUCGGACCUCCAGGGACUCUCCCAGGUGGUCCUCCAGGAAACCUCCAACCCCCUUCUGGUGGUCUGCUUGGCGCACGACCCGGUAUAAUCCCACUUCAGCGUCCUCCAGUUCCCCCACCACCACACAUGCAGCGUUUCCCUCCGCCCCACGGGCCACGACCCCCUCAUCCCAACAUGCCACCCAUGCCCCCACAGAUGAUGCCCAGAGGGCCACACCCUCAAAUAAUACACCAUGACCCCGCUCCACCUAAAGGUGGCUUUGGGAUUCUCCCUCCUCACAAUAUGAGGGCUCCUUUUCCCCCACAUGGGCAUGGCCCUCCUCCUCAAGGUCCUCCCCCUCCUUUUAUCAGACCAGGGGGUCCUCGUGGCCUGGAAGCGCCAGAAGAAAUGGAAGGCAGACCAUUCAGGGGAGACAGGCCUGGAUUCAGGGACCGAGAGCCAGAGAGGGACAGAGACUGGGAUCGAGACAGGGAUAGAGAGAGGGACCGAGGUUUUGGAGGUGGAAGGCGUCCAUUUGGUGAUGGAGGGAGGGGUGGAGGUGGUGAUAGAAUGGAUGGCAGGGACAGGCUUUCAGGCUGGCAGGAAGACGGUGGUGAUCACCGGGGAGGAGGAUGGGAAAGAGAUCGAGACAGAGAUCGGGACAGAGACCGCGAUCGGGACAGAGACAGACGGGACUGGAGGGAGAGGCGAAGCAGCCUGGAUAGCGACAGGGAACGAGGGAGGGGUGAUGAUGGGGAAAAGGAGCGAGGGCGGGGGGAGGGAGGAGAGCGAGGAGAGCGUGAGAGAGGAAGGGGAGAAGGUGGGAGUCGAGAAAGAGGAAGGGGGACUGAAGGAAAAGAAGGGGACAGGCCAAGGCGGUCAGAACGGCGAGAGAGGACCACGCGGUGGGACAGAGAUGAUCGAUUGGCCGAACUGGAAAACAUGGACAGAUUUCAGACCUCUAACAGUACAGAGCAACCUUGUUUGACUCCUGUUGUCUCCGCGGAAACCAGUAAAGAACCAAGCAUGGAAACUUCUCAAAAGAAGGCAGAAUCAGAACUUUUAGACCCUCCCCCAGACGUAACUACUGCUGCAGAAGAGCCAAAGCCCUCUGAGCCCUUACCCUCAGCUCAAAGUGAGCCCACAGAAACAAAAGAGGAAGCAGCAUCGUAGACUGGCUCACUACUCCUGCAGCCACAGACUGUUGUGAACCACUGAAAGUUAAAAAAAAAAAAAAAAAAGGUGUUUUUUACUAUGAUAACCAGCCUCAACUGAACAACUAACUAGUCACAGUUUGUCAGUUGGUAAUUAACAGUUUCUGGGCAGUAACACAUUUCUUGAAAACAAACAUCUUCCACACAUAAAAAUGUUUUUUUUUUAAAGACUUUAUGGCUCGUGGUCACAUUUGGCUUUGCAUUUGUCUAAACACUUACCACUUGAAAAUCAGUUCGGAAAAAUGGCUGUAGUUAAAUGUUGGCUAUCAACUCUGGUUGUUCUCCUUCCUGUACGUUGUAAGAAUGAAUGAGUGUUUGCAUGUAAACUAAGCUCUGUCCAUCUGAGGUUAAUUGGAGCUUAGCUCUUUUAUGUUUUACUCAAGUUGGUUUGCAGUCGGUGGAAAAACAUGAUUUUUAUGACACAAAUUUAUUUUUACGUCAUGGCCUCAUCUGUGUGAUAGCAGGCACUCCUCAACAAGGUAAAUAUGGUGAUUUUAAAACAUAUAUUUUCUAAUUUGCCAAAAGUUCUUGUCAAACACUGAAUAAUAGAGGCGCAAUUUAAUUUUCUUUAUUGUUUUCAUUUCAUCUUGUGUUUAAUUUUGUAUCCUCAUUGCAAUCACAGCCAGUAAGGCUCAGCUUUGAAAGGACUAUGGUUGCCUUAAAAGCCAAUCAAGUUACUUGUAUGUGUUUAAAUGGAGAAGAGCACGUGAUUUAUAAAUUAGUUAAAAUAUCCAUGAGAAUUAGGCCUGGUACUCGCUCACACAAUUUGUUGAGUUCUCCUUUUCAUUAUGUCCUCACGUUUCACACUUUGAACCAUAUUUUAUUUCAGGCAAAACAAAAAUGAGCAUUGUCUUCAUUCUACCAGACACUUGGUGUAGUAACUUGUGAAUUUGUGACAUUCACAUUUACUGGCCAAUACCUGAUGUCCUUUAAAAAAAUCCACUCUCAAUACAUGGUUUUAUUUCAGUUUUAAAAAGUAUAUAUUCCACUAAUACUGAGACAUAGGACUGAUUAGAAGCUGAGCUUGUUCUCACAAGAGUCUAACUUGAUAGUCACAUUUUACUGAUAACAAAAGUCCUCUCAUUCUGAUAUUCUUUAGGAAAUCAAGAAUGCUUCACAUUCUUUGAUCAUACUGUAUCAGUUGUCACUUUAUAGAAAAGCUGUUAUGGAAAUUGGUUAAUUCUCUGUGUGUGCAUCAUAAUCAUGUUGCUUGGUUACUGACUCAAACCAUUGUAGGGGCUCAAAACCAAGGACCUAAACUUUACCAGUGGCAUAAUUUAAUUUGUUUUGCUGAGCAGACAUUGUAAACGAUGAGCCAAGAGGCAUUUUAUAUAAGACAUUUCAACAUAACAUGCAUAACAGUUAACGAAAGAAAAGGAACACCCAGGUGUAUUGUGGUAUAUGUCCCUUGGAAUAUUUAGGACAUAAAGAGAUUUGACGAUAUUAUAUAAGUUCGUUUUGUUUCAAAAGUUUGAGCAAUCUAGAUGGAGAUAUUGGUAUGCAAAAACAUAGAGGAUUAUAUUCAUUUGCAAAGAAAUUGACCCAGAUGAGCAACAGCUGUUCAAAAACUGCUGAGAAGACGAGACGUUUUUCACUAGCAAAGUGGAUUUUCAUCUUUGUUUCCGUCUAUUUUUCAGAACUUUAACAUCUACAUCAUUAAAGUUAUGUGGAAUUACAUUCCAUUGGAAAUUCCAGUAUGUGUAUACUUAGUUUUUUUUCUGCUGUCUAAAUUUCACACUGUUGCCUAAAUGUGUAUAUUUUUAUUUUUCAGUUAAAGAAAUGAAAUAGAACCUUUUGUAGAUCCAACAGAGAAAUAUUCAAAACAGGUUUAUUUUAGUGCCAGCUUGGAUUUUUGAGCAUUUUGUAUAAACACAGUUUAGCAAGCAGACUUGAUAAGUUUUAUGCUAAUGGUGGUAUUUUCUUUUUGCUGUGUGUAUGGAAGGAAUGUCUUGGACCACACAAAAGAGCUUUUUCAAUUGCCUCUUGUACGUCAGUCAAACUUGGGAUUUUAAUUCAUUUUGGCCACAUGAAAAUGCAAAAUGUAACCCUAUAGCUGAAUAAUUUUUUUUUGUCUUUGAUCAUUUCAGCUUUCAAAGUUUCACUGAGGACGUACUUUAUCUGAGUUGUUAACAUUGUUAAUGUUUGAAGCCCAGAUUCUGCAAGCCCAACUGUUCAAUGAUUCUUCAAUCUUGAUUUUAACACAGAGAGACAGCGCGGGCAGAACUAAAGUGAUGAAAUGAAGAGUGUUGCUUGGGACACACUGCUGUAAAUAUGCUUGUAUCACUGACGAUUCAAAGGUGUAAUGGUAAUUGUUGUUUAUGAUCUGUGAUUCGUUUAUCUGAGAAAACCAAUUGACUUGGAAGGAAUAACAGAGGCCCUUUGCUUUAACGUUUUUUAACUCCUGAUGGUUUGAAAGUUGACAGAUGUUUCUAUGAUUUGUUAAAAAUACAAAAGACAUGGACAUAAAAUCUUCAAUAUUUCAGCCAUAGGAAAUUGUUUUUAAUAAACUAUUUUUGUACCAAA